UAUCGUGAAUGUUCAGUUAAUUAAACGCUCGUGCUCCACGUCGGUUCUUUUCUGCCUCGCACGAACCAUGGACCGACUGUUAAACGCAUUUUUCAUCUUUAAUCUAUUGGCAAGCGCCGUAGCCGGCCCGAUCAAUUGUCAAACCAUUACCAACCAGAGAGAUAAGAGCGUAACGUUCUUCUGCACGGAGCUAAUGAAUUUGCUGGAAUUGGGGAGGGCUUAUACGAAUUCUACCAGUAUCGAAAUCUCGGAUUCGAAAAUAGCACAUAUUUCAGGACAUAGUUUUGCAAGAUUUGGCGCGACACUCGUAACUCUGGAUUUACAUGGAUCAGGCAUAGAGACCAUAGAUUCUUUCGCGUUCGUAGGCCUCACGAAACUGGAGAAUUUACUACUGUGGGGAAAUAAACUAAAAUACGUAUACAGAGAUUGGUUCGUGAAUAUGUACAAUUUAAAAACGCUCGACUUGUCGUUCAACUCGAUCGAGGUAAUCGACUACGGGGUUUUCCAAUUGCUUCCCAAUUUGAGAAACUUCUAUUUCGAUUACAAUCAAAUCAGAUUCAUCGACUACGGUAUGUUCGCGUACCUGCAAAACCUUAAAAGUGUGAAGUUCGAGAAGAACCCGUUGAGCUGGGGAUUUCGUGCACAUUUAAUAUGGCAAUUAGAGAAUCAGCAUGUGAAAUAUAGCGAGGAUUGGGAGGAUUGGGGAUGGAUGAACGUGGUCAUAAAAGAAUGCUCCGAGAGCGGCUACGGGGAAAUACCGAAAGACACGAUGCUCGAUUGCGUCGUUGAGAAAUUAUUGGAUUAUGCGUUCGAAAUAUUUUCGACGAAUACGAUACAGCAAAACGUCGAUUGCGCUAUGAAAGCACGAGAACUAGUACGCUGUAUGAGACCGACAAACACUACUAGUAAUACGGACAACGAGACUGCGAGAAGAGUACUCGAAGAUUAUACGGCGGUACUGCCGACUAUGUCAAGAUCCAUUGCUCGAUUUUCAGUAUCUUAAUCAUUUGAUUUUAACGCUGUUUCAAUCGUAUCAAAUUCCGUGCGACAAGUUACAUGAAAAUGUAAAUUGCGUCGAAAUAAUCGGAAGUUGGGCACGAGAGGAAAAUAUUUGCUUAACCCUUAAUAAAAUUAUGAAUUAAAUGUAUAUAAAUUGUCGAGAAUCAUGUAUGACUAUUAUUAAAAUUGUAGUUAAAUGGAUUGGAAUUUAAAUCGUGUAAAAUGACGUCCGAUCCACAGGAUGGUAAUGCAUAUGUUUAAAUAGAUAUUGUUAGUUGUUGUGAACUCCUGAGUAAAGAAAAUUCUAAAAAAAAAUAUUAGCAUGCAGAUGUCGUCCAAUUGUAACAAUAUACAGGCUCGAAGGCUCGCGUUUGCGAAUACCAAUUUAUUAUUCGGAAACGAUCGGUUACUUGAAGCAAAAGAUAUCGCACGUGCUGCGUAAGGAGGGUGAAAGAUGGAAACCCGAAAGGAUGAGGCUUUGGCUUCGCGGUUUUUAUAUGGAGGACAACCGUAUGAUUUCUGAUUAUAAAUUUAAUUCUAAAGAUCGAAUAACGUUGCUCCUUGCUGACCGUUAUUAAUAUGGAUUUUUAAAAUAGGUAAUACGUUUAUCGUUUCUUCGUUGUUCGCGAAAUAUGUCACGAAUCAUGAUUACAUUGGACGUUAAUGAAACGUUUAAUUUUAAAAGUGUGUAACGAACUGCACCAAGUUUUUUAGCGCAGUUACCCAAGAACUUCGAAAUUCAACGUA